AUUAAUAAAAUGGAGGCUCCCAAGGAGGUUAGGAAUGAUCUGUAUCCAAUAUCUGGCGUUCCUGUUCGCUUUCCAUGCAAACCCUAUCCCACUCAACUCCAGAUGAUGUCUAAAAUUAUUCAGGCUCUUAAUAAAAGUGACAAUGCUUUAUUGGAGAGUCCAACAGGUAGUGGGAAGAGUCUUGCAUUACUCUGCUCCACAAUAGCAUGGCAGAAACACAACUAUGAAUCAAAACUCACCUCAUCCAAUAAACCCAAACAACCCUCAUCCACUGAACCCAAUACUAACAAUACAACCACCUCAUGUAACAGUUCUAUACUACCUAAUGCUGGGGAUGAAAAUGGAAGGGGGACACUCUGUCAGUGUACAUGUCAUACUGAUAUUAAGAAGACUCAAGUUCAAUCUACCACUAAUACAUGUCAACCAAUCAAUGAGACUAUUAACUCUUCACUAGUGACUGAUGUUCCUCCUAAUACUAUUAUACCUAAUACUAUACCACCAGUUAUUAAUCCUCCUACUAAUACUGGUUCUAUUGCCACUGGUCCUGAUGUAACUGAAGCUAAUGUAACUGAUACAAUUACUAUUACUGAAGCUAAUGUAACUGAUACAAUUACUAUUACUGAAGCUAAUGUAACUGAUACAAUUACUAUUACUAAAGCUAAUGUAACUGGUUCUAUUGCUACUGGUUCUACUGCUACUGGUCCUGUUGGUGAUACUUCAUGUACUGUUCAGUCCAAUACAGCUACUAAUUACCAAGAUAAUACUACUGCUACUAGUAAUAAUGGUAAAGACACUACUGUUGAUAAUCUGCAAGAUGACAGUGACAACGAUGACAACGAUGACUUUAAACCAAUCAAGAAACGAUUCCGUCCUCUGAUCACAAACAAGAAAGCAAAAACCAAGAGGUUCAAGGUUGUGGCAAAGGGUGUGGUUUAUGAUGAUAUAGACGAGUCCACUUGUGACUCACAACUCACUCCUAAUGAACAUGGUCACCCGACAUGGAGGAUGGUCUCUGUAAAAGAAGAACAAGACAACAAAGAGAAAGAGAUGCAACCUGUUUCUAUUGUACCAGAUCCUCAACCAUCAGCUCCUCCUCUUCCCCUCCCCCUUUCCUCCUCAUGUCAGUCGUGUGGUUGUAUUCCUAAUAAGGAUAUUGAUGGUCUUAUGUUAAUGGAUAUCCCUCAACAACCAGUCAUACACAAGCCUAUGAGGAUAUUUUAUGGGACCAGAACUCACAAACAGAUCACACAGAUAACACAUGAACUAGCAAGGACUGCUUACUCAAACACACCUAUGGUCAUAUUAGCCAGUCGUGAUCAUACCUGUAUACAUCCCCAGGUAUCAACCUCAAGGAACAAGAAGGAGGAAUGCAAGGCACUCAUAGACUACAAAUACGGAGCAUCCUGUGCAUUUUAUCAUAAAGUCCAGCAGAAGUUAGGUAGUCAGUAUAAACUGAGAGAAAACGGGAUCACAACUGCUUGGGACAUUGAAGACCUAGUGACUCUAGGGAGGAAGAUUAAGACUUGUCCCUAUUAUUCAAGUAGAGCACUUUUCGAAGAAGCCGAAAUAAUUUUUUGUCCUUACAAUUAUUUAAUUGAUCCUUUAAUUAGAGAACAGAUGAUGAUUAGACUAGAAGACAGUAUACUGAUAUUUGAUGAGGCUCACAACAUGGAGGAUGCUGCAAGAGAAGCUGCCAGUCUAACUGUUAAUAGUAAUCAACUCAAAGAAGUUGAAGAAGAAAUUGAUAAAAUAAUGGAGUUUUUGUCCCCAGAAAUUCAAAACAGCUAUCGGAUUGUUUAUACUUAUGUUGUUAACAUUUCACAGUGGAUGGCCACUCAGUCGGAGAAAUUAACAAUAAGGAAAUUUGAGGAAAGCUGCAGCGUUUGGAACGGAAACGAUUUCCUGCCAUUUCUGAAAGGAAUCGGUAUCACCAUUGAUACACAUUCAAUGAUAAUGCAUCAUGUUAGGACAAUUAUUGAUGAUACGUUUGAGCAAGAGAGUAAGGAGGAUAAGCGACCCCCACCUCCAAAGUUACCCGUUGGUAUCGUCCACAUUAUUGAUAGUUUAUUCAUAAUUAUGGGAUACCUUUUCAAGCAGUCCAAAAAGUACUUAAAUGAUUACAGGAUUGCUUUGAAGAAGGCAAUGUCUAUUCAACCUCAGAAGAAGCUUGGUGGUUGGAGAGGAAGAUCAAACACUCACGAAAAGGUUUUGCUCAUUUCUCUUCACUUUUGGUGCCUCAACCCAGCAGUGGCAUUUUCUGAGCUUCAAGUGGCUCAUUCUAUUAUCCUUACCAGUGGUACACUCUCACCAAUGAGCUCCUUUUCCUCUGAGCUAGGGGUCAUAUUUCCAAUACAGUUAGAAGCUAAUCAUGUUGUAGCACAGUCUCAGACAUGGGUGUCUACUUUAUCUCAUGGCCCUAGUUCUCAACCUCUUAAUGCAAGCUAUCAGUUUGCUGAUACUUUUGAGUUUCAGGAUGAGAUUGGUAAUGCUAUUCUUGAAGUUUGUAAAGUUGUCCCUUUUGGUGUCUUAUGCUUUGUGUCUUCUUAUAAAUUAUUGGAGAAAUUAACCAGCAGAUGGCAGGAUACUGGUACAUGGUUCCAGAUUCUCAAGAAGAAGCAUAUUGUCUGUGAGCCAAGAGCUGCUGAUAAAGCAGACUUUGAGAUAGUCAUGUCACAGUUUUACACUCGCGUACAAACAGCAGUUGAAAGAGCCAGAUCAGGAGAAGAUACUAAUGUUGACGAUGAAGAUUCAGAGUCUGUGCAAGAUGGGGCCCUCUUCUUUGCUGUCUGCAGAGGAAAAGUCAGUGAGGGAUUGGAUUUUGCUGAUAACAAUGCCAGAGCUGUCAUUACUAUUGGCAUCCCUUUUCCAAACGUUAAAGAUGAACAAGUUGGCUUGAAGAGAGAGUACAAUAAUUCCCAUUCCUAUCACAGAGGAUUGCUAUCAGGCAGUGAGUGGUAUGAGAUACAAGCAUAUAGAGCUCUCAAUCAAGCACUGGGACGCUGCAUUAGACACAAGAAGGAUUGGGGUGCUCUUAUUCUAAUUGAUGAGCGGUUCAGUAAAAGUGCUAGGUAUGUGAAAGGUUUAUCAAAAUGGGUCCGCCAGCGUGUCGGUCAUCACUCUGUCUUUACUGAUGCCAUGAGCUCACUCAAUGAGUUUGUGUCAAUGCACUUGCAGAAAGAUGAAGAGGAAGUUUUAAGUCAAAUUGAACUUAAGAAGCAGGAUUCUUCUUCCCUUCUCAAUGACACUACUCUUCCUUAUAACUCAUCCUUGCUAUCCAGUGCUACUACACCUGUCAAGCUACAGCCAAAUCUCUCUUCAGACUCCAUAUCCUCUCUUGAUCAAUCUUCAACUCCCUUUCUUCCGCAUCUCUCCUCCUCACCUUCUGUGCUAUCUAAUUCACCAUUAAAUGCUCAGUCUCCAUCUGUUAGUACUAAAUUAUUCUCACCUUCAUCUCAUGCUAUGCAAUCUCCUACUACUCCUUCUCCGCUUUCUAAUUCUCGAUCUAUUAAUAUACCUCUACAUUCUGUAAUGCCCCAACAUCAUCAUCUAGUAGCUAAUUUUAAAACUGCUUCUCCAGUAGCUAAUCCUUUAAUAACUGCUCCUGUAAAAGCUAAUCCUUUAAUAACUGCUUCUCCAGUAGCUAAUCCUUUAAUAACUGCUUCUACAGUAGCUAAUCCUCCAGUAACUAAUUCUUCAAUACCUCCAGUAGCUUCUCUUCCUCAAGUAGCUACUCCUCAAAUUCAAUCUACUCAAGUUCAAUCUACUCCUCAAAUUCCAUUUAUUCAAUCUCCACUGCCUAACUUAACUCUUCCUCAGUUACCAUUAUCUAAUGCUAUGCACCCAUCACCACACACUAUACCUCUUACUCCACAGUUACUGAAAGCUCUUGUGUCUCAGGUUGGCUCCAGGUUGAUUACUACUGCCCCUCAGCUCCAGCCUAUUUUAAGAGCUCAACUCUUAGCAUUACAACAACAGGCUCUACAGCAACGACCUCCCAAUCUCCAAUCACUUAGAACAAUCAGACCUGCAGUAAGUGCAGUUACUAAUCCUACCAUCACAAUCACUUCAGCUAGCAAGCCUCAUGCAACCUCCAAUGCACAAAUCACUUUGGUUCAUAAUUCAGGAACUCUUACACUUACUUCUAAUCCUCAUAUUACUUCAGUUAGCUCUUCUAUUGUUAGUCCACCAGUUACUCCACAGCAAACUCUUACUAAUAAUACUAUGCCUAGUAGCAAUACCAGUACAGUAUCAUCAACCAUCAGUCCUAAUGUAGGGAGUGUAUUACCUCCUUCCACUAGUAUUCCUCCUACUAAUACCUCUCCUGUACUAUUUGGUCAGAGUGCUAGUGUUCCUAGUGCAAUGAACACAUCAGAUGAUGUCAUAGUUAUUAAUGAUUCAUUUGAUGAGUUAGACAAGGAGAACAAGCUCACAGAUUCACUUAAGGAAGGCAAUGGAUCACCUGCUGAUAAUAGCUCGCAUAGAUCCAUCAAUGAAAGUGAUGGAAUGAACUCUGAAUCACCAGUAGAGCCAGCGGCAACUGCUGUUGACAAAGAACAGUCUCCAACUAAUGGUGAAGAGUCAAUGCUAACAGAUAAACCUGAAAGUUCAGGCUUACCAAGUAUUGUUAAAGAUGAACCAGUAUCAAGUGACAGUAGUAGUUGUGCUAAACAGGAGUCAAACACGUCAGCAGGUGAUUCCAGAAUGAGGAGGAGUAAACGUCCUGCUUCAAGGACUGGAAAGAGACCACUGGCAAAGAGAAGUAAAAAGAAUAAGUCAUCAAAUAAGCAAUACUCCUCACUGAAAUGCCAAUGUGGUGAUGUACUGAUGUAUAUAGAGGGUCCAGUAGCCCAUUCUCAAAAGACAUUGCAAGAGCUAUUGUCUGUCAGUGAGAGCAUGUACAAGACGAGCAGUUUAUCUUCAUUGUUUCUACCAACUGAUCCUGUCUAUUUAGUACCAUCAGAUAACCUCACACCAUCUAUUGAAAUAUAUUCUUCUUCUCCAUUGAAUGCUGUCUGGGAAAUGGCAACAUGCUACUCAAUAUUACAGUGUAAGUGCGGCCAGACUGUUGGCAUUCAGAUCAAUGCUUCUGAUGAAGAGAAUCUCAUUGGACAAGCUGUGUUCAAUAGUAAAGUUGUAUCUGCUACUGUUUCCACUGUGAUUCCAUGUUGUUAACUUUCUCAUUUAAUUAUCAUUUUUGGAAUGUGAAAAAAAUUUAUCAUUAUCAACUUCAUUAUAUC